AUGCAACGAAACUAGUAUUCACAAAGAACCUCUUCACAAGGAAAUAGAAAUCUUGCAAGUAUUCAGUCAAAUGGGCAAACAUCUUCAUUAGGGACAAACAAUCCAAAUACAAUGAGCGGAAAUAGCCUUCAAUCAAUCCCAGUUCUUACCCUCCAAAACCUUGGAGCUAAGGAAGAAAAUGAAAAUAUUCAAAGGUUAAGAGGAUUGAAAGUAGGUAUUGAUAAAGUGAAGAACAACAUUAAGAAUUCAAGCAAUAAAUUCUAUGAGACUCUUGAUAAAUUCAGCAGCUCAAAGAAUAAAUUCAGACAAGCUUAGGAGUCAGUUGGCAAGGCAAUGCAGGAGUAAUAACAGUUGCCAUAAUAAUAGUCAUCACUGCUUGCAGAAGAUGAUUCUAAGUUUAAAAGUAGAGUUCUACCAGAUAUUAAGAUUGUAGAGAUCAAUAGAAUGAUCUCUGAUCCAGAGUUCAUUGAGAAGUUCCCAGAAGUAGUUGAUGGUCUGAUUAAUGGAAAGAAGAUCAACAAAAGGAGUGGGUAUAGCUCAAUCGUCAGUCCUUAAAACUCCUCUAACUUUGAUUCUCAAAACAAAUAUGUGAGUCAGACUUCCAGAUAAAAUAAAUCAAAGAGAAAUAACCAGUCUAUUGACAUUAAUGAUAAAUCAGUCAUAUCUAAAACGAGGGACCUAAGUUUCGCUAAGCUUAUUAAGAAGAUUUAAGAAUCAUCAAAUGCUUUAAAAGCUAGCAAAAGUGGAAAGUCAAUAUUCAAUGCUACACAUGGUAGCAUAAUAGAGUUUACCUAGAAUCAGCAGCUCACUCAAAGCAAUCUUAAUUCAACUACUAACAUACCAAUAUUUACAAGGGAAGAGUUAAAGAGAGACUUUAACAAGCUAUUAAAGCUUAAUGGACCUAAAUUUUAGUCUAAUAAUGCUUCUAAAAUAACUGAUAAAUUAAAUAAGACAAUCAGAACUAUGUAAAAUACAAGCAAUAUUUUCGAGUAAAAUUCUCACAUUAUGAUGAUAACUGAAUAAGGGUACGAAGAGGAAACUGCAAAUAACAAAUCCUAUUUUGCUGAUGAAGCUGAUAAAUCCAUCAUUAACACCUUGAAUCUUUCCAAAGAGUUAAACUAAUUUCCACCCUUAAUGCAGAUUUAGAGUAAAACAUAUGACAUUAACAUGAUUCAGAAUCUCUAGCCGCCUAUUGGACUCACAGCUAGACUCUCCCCGAGGCAACUUAAGGAAAAAUUUAGAUUCCCAGAAUUUCAAAAUAAAAUUCUAGAAUCUGACUCUCCUUAGAUGUAAUAAAGAAAAAGAAAAGGUACUUCUAUCAGAAGAUCAUAGAGAUCAAUUACACUAUCACAGAAUGCUCAAACUAAAUUGGCUUCUCUCUAAGUUUAGCACUCAGCUAAUUCAAAAUAGAAACAGGAAGACAGCAAUUACUACCACAACGCGUAGGUACCUUUUGAGAAAAAAAAUUCUGGCGUAAAAUAUUAGGUAAUCAAAGAUGCAGCCACUCCUACUCUUCAACUUCAAAACAUUCACAGUUCUGUUAAAACAUCUCAUGGCAUAAUUGGUGAUAAUUCAGUAACACUUAAUCUACAGAGUAUCAAUGCUAAAUCAACUUUAGGCGUUAAUACCAGUUCUACAGUUAAAGCAGCAGAAAUGUAAUAUUAUUUGCACGCGAAUACUAUGAAGGAGUUACCUGAUGUUGUGAAGUAUUGCAGAAAAGAAAAUAUAGCAUUUACUGACUCAGAGAAGAUGCAUUAUGGCAUCAGUAUGUGCAAGAAAAAUCAUAGAAUGUAUGCCAACUGUCUUAAGUAAUGCUUUUAAAGUUCUCACACAGACGAUCUACAAACAGCUAUCAAGUAACUUGGCAGACUUGAAAAUGUGAUUACAAGGCAGUAGUAGACCGAUCAAUAAUAAUCAUUGGUAAAUAGUGUUCAAGACUUGCAAUAGUAUGCAUAGGAAAUUAAGCAAAGGAAGCAAUUUCUUAAGGAUUAGUAGUUAAGAGAAAGUAAUCAGAGAAAACUAAUAAAUGACUUGCAGAAUAAAAUAGAUGAUCCCAGUUCAAAUGAAAAUUUUCCACAAUCAAUCAAAUAGUAGCUGAGGACUGGUUUAAGGAAUAAAAUCGAAAAGGCUAAGUUAGAUACUAUUUAGAAGAAAAAAGGGAAUAUGACCCAAAGAUUCUCAGCCAAAUAUGACAUUCUUGAAAAAACAUAAAGGAAAAUGGAAAGAUCAAAGAAUAAACUUUCGAAAGAUCUACUUAAAGUCUUAUAGAAAGUUGAAAUCGAUAGACCUUAAAUGAUCUAAGACAAAGCUAAUUUAAUCCUACGAGACUAAGAUAAAAUGCUGUAACCUAAGUUUUCUCCAAAGAGGAAUGAGCCUAAUUUAUCAACUAUAAAUAAUGAUAAUACUAAUGAUACGAUAAAUUAGUCUAAAAUCUAGAAUGCAUCUAAUAGCAGAAGAGUGGACUAAUCAGAAAUUCUUCAAUAGCUCAGAAGGAAAAAUAAGAGAAAAAUUGAUAUUUAGAGAAGUUCUUAUUUUAUGCUUUUGGACUAUAUUAAACUGAGAAGCAGAAAUGAUAGAGACUGCAGAGUAAGUGAUGAUGAGAGAAAGAUAUUUGAUACUUUCAAAGUGAUUUUCGAUGGUGCAUGGAUCAUCUAAAGUGAAACUGAACUAAUGAAUAUCUUAAAUGAGAUAGACAUUAUCACUAAUUUAGACGAACAACUAUAUUUCUUCCUUUGGUACAUCUUUGAAUCACUUUCAUUUGACACUGCUAUACUUGAUAGAUGGCUUCAAAAUGAGGCAUAAAUUGAUCUUUCUUUUGCAAAGCAAAGGAAAUAUCUGAUAAAUUAUAUGAUUUAAGAGCAGUCUUAAUAUUAAGGAAAGAAUUAAAUCAAAAUGUUCAAUGCCAACAUGAGUACUGAAGGUAGUCAACUAAGAUUGCAAGAGGAUUUUUCAUAGCUUUCCUCAAAAGACAAAAAGGACUUAUCUCCAGUUAAGCGUAAUAUUCAGGAGAUCCUUCUCAAAACUAUCACUUCAAGCAGCCAUGGAAGAAAAAGAUCAUGCUUUUGA